CAGGGGUGGACUGACCAUUUGGAAACUCGGGCACUGCCUGAGGGCGUGGGGUCAGUAGGGGGGCCCCAUGAGAUGCCCCUGGUACCUUUUUCAUAGGCUUUUUUGAGUUUGGGCAAGGACACAGGGGCCCCAUGAUCCCCUAUUGCCCUGGGGGCCCCAUGAGUUGUCAAUCCACCCCUGAUCAUGAUCAUUAUCAUCAUGAUAAUCGCACAGUACAAGUGCUGUGGAUCAAAGCACCUGUACUGUGUGACUAUCACCAUGAUGAUAAUGCUUUUUCAUAGGCUUUUUUGAGUUUGGGCAAGGACACAGGAGCCCCAUGAUCCCCUAUUGCCCGGGGGCCCCAU